AGAAAAACACAACAAAUAUUCUGAAUUUUCUUACCUUUCAUUCAUACGAAUUUACAGAACACAAGCAAGAGAUUCAAGCUGGCAGAGUGAUGAAACGAAGCCCCUGCACGCCUAACUUUCAACUUCAUUAUCAAAUUACCAGUAGAUCUCAACCGCCAUUAUUUGCAUCCAUUCUCGAUCUCUGAUCUCUGCGCCCGAUUGAAUUGAGAGAUUGAAAAUUGAUUGAUUAGGGGGAAAUAUAUGGCCGGAGCAGCGUCGGCGCUGUUCCUACUGGAUAUAAAGGGUAGGGUUCUGGUGUGGCGCGACUACCGUGGUGACGUCUCCGCCGUACAAGCUGAACGCUUCUUCACCAAGCUCAUUGAGAAAGAGGGUGAUCCAGCGUCUCAGGAUCCUGUUGUAUUUGAUGAUGGUGUGACAUAUAUGUUUAUACAACACAACAAUGUGUAUCUGAUGACAGCAUCACGGCAGAACUGCAAUGCUGCGAGCCUUCUUCUAUUCCUACAUCGUGUAGUUGAUGUCUUUAAACACUACUUUGAAGAGUUAGAAGAGGAAUCACUUAGAGAUAAUUUUGUUGUAGUGUAUGAGUUACUUGACGAAAUCAUGGAUUUCGGCUACCCACAAUACACUGAAGCAAAGAUUCUAAGUGAGUUCAUAAAAACAGAUGCUUAUAGAAUGGAAGUUGCGCAGAGGCCUCCAAUGGCUGUCACAAAUGCAGUAUCGUGGCGCAGCGAAGGUAUACGGUACAAGAAGAAUGAAGUCUUUCUUGAUGUUGUGGAGAGUGUCAAUAUACUAGUAAAUAGCAAUGGCCAAAUAAUCAGGUCAGACGUCGUCGGUGCACUAAAAAUGCGAACAUACUUGAGUGGUAUGCCAGAGUGUAAGCUUGGGCUGAAUGAUAGAGUUCUGCUGGAGGCACAAGGGCGCGCCACUAAGGGAAAAGCUAUUGAUCUGGAUGACAUCAAGUUUCAUCAGUGUGUGCGCUUGGCUCGAUUUGAAAAUGACCGUACGAUAUCCUUCAUACCACCUGAUGGAUCCUUUGAUCUCAUGACUUACAGGCUCAGCACGCAGGUGAAGCCUCUAAUAUGGGUAGAAGCUCAGGUAGAAAGACAUUCCAGAAGCCGCAUAGAAAUUAUGGUAAAAGCCAGGAGCCAGUUCAAGGAGCGCAGUACUGCAACUAAUGUUGAAAUUGAAAUGCCCGUGCCACCUGAUGCCACAAAUCCAAGCGUCCGUUCAUCAAUGGGGUCUGCUUCUUAUGCACCAGAAAGUGAUGCAUUAGUUUGGAAAAUAAAAUCUUUCCCAGGUGGUAAGGAAUAUAUGUUGAGAGCAGAGUUUAGGCUUCCCAGUAUAACAUCUGAAGAAGCGACUCCUGACAGGAAGGCUCCUAUACGAGUGAAGUUUGAAAUACCAUAUUUUACUGUUUCGGGAAUACAGGUUCGUUACUUGAAAAUCAUUGAAAAAAGUGGGUAUCAGGCUCUUCCAUGGGUGAGAUAUAUUACAAUGGCUGGUGAAUACGAGCUGAGGCUCUCGUGAUCGCUCCUUUUGCCUACUGUAAUUCUGCAGCAGAAUCAUGGAUGUUACCUCAAUUAAUGCAGGGAGAUCAACACACAUGGACAUCAUCUCUCCCCGCUUGAAGAGAGACACUGGAGAAAAUGACUCCCAUCUAAUAGUUUUAGUCUAUCUGCUUAUUGAUCCAUUGUCUGAGAGUUUAUGAUAGUUGGUGGCACAAAACUCAUCUGCUUACUUAUGAUGAAAAUGCAAGUCUUGAACCUAGAUAACAUUUGUGCUUGUCUUGUAUGAUAUUGUACUUUAAAAACAUUACAUUGACACAAACUGCAAGUGUUGCUUAUGGAGCUCUUUUGUAUUUGGUCAUUACUUCA